CUUGCCUGAUACCGAGGGGACAGGUGAGCGAAAUUUCUUGUUACUUGUCAAUGCUCAAGUAUCAAAUGCACGUUACAUUCGUGCCUUUUAUCUGAUAAAGCAGUGGAAGAAGGGAGAGACUCUUAUCAAAAAAUACCAUGGAGAGUACCGAUGUCAACGGCAGUAAUAAUGUUGCUGAAGAGCAAGGAGUUGUGACUGAAAACUCAUCAUCACUGGGCGAUGUCUCAAAAUCAAAUAUCGAAACUGCUGCUAACAUUCCAAGAGAUAAAAGCGAUAAUGGGAUGUCAGUUAAAACACCUGGCCAGGCCAAUGAUAUGGGAGAUGGCGAAGCAGAAAAGGAUAAAAUGAUUGGGAACGAAAUGGCCAAUUCUGUAGGCCCAGAUGCAGAUGAACAAAUAGUGGAAAAUGAUAUUGACUCUACCGUAGAAAAUCAAACUGUACACGAUGAUAUGCAAUUAAGUAAUGAACAUGAAAAAAGUGCUGAGAUUCAUGUUGGUGUGACAAACGAAAGCAAACAAAGCGAAGAAGAUGUAGAAAAUGGACAUGAAAUAGUUGCCAACAGAGAGGACAAUGGUGUGACGAAUGAAAGUGAACAAAGCGAAGAAGAUAUGAAAAAUGGACAUGAAGUAGUUGCUAAAAGAGAGGAUGUUGGUGUGACGAAUGAAAGUGAACAAAGCGAAGAAGAUAUGGAAAAUGGACAUGAAGUAGUUGCCAAAAGAGAGGAUGUUGGUGUGACGAACGAAAGUGAACAAAGCGAAGAAGAUAUAGAAAAUGGACAUGAAGUAGUUGCCAAAAGAGAGGAUGUUGGUCUUCUUCACAAUGAGGCUGGGCAAGACCACAGUAGUACAGUUGAAGAGAAUAAAGAGGCUGUGAUUGAGUCAAAAGACACUGACCAACUGUUGAAUGAUGCUGGUGAUGAAGCUGAAGAAGCUCUUGUCACUGACAAUGUUUCCAAUGAUGUAAAAGAAGAUCUUGGCUCAGAGGAUUGUAAUAUUACAUCUAGUUCCAUUCGCACAGAACCUAGCCAGAGUAUUACAGAAGUGCCAGAAACAAUUGACCACACUAUUACAAAAACACAAGAACUGGAUGGUGACAAUGAUAACACUGAAUCAACCCAGCAAGCUGACAAAAAAAUGGACGAAGAAGUCAAAGAAUCUGCUGUUGAAAGUGAAGCAAGUGUUGAGGAUGCAGAAAUGCUGCUAAAUGAAAAACCUAAGGAAAAUGAAUGGCUUGAUAUGCUUGGAAAUGGUUUAUUAAAGAAAAAAGUAUUAGUACCAGGUAAAGGUCCUGAUUCAAGGCCAAAACCAGGAGAUGAAGUUACAUUAAUUGUUAAUGGUGAGUUAAAAGAUGGAGCUAAAUUGAAAGAGGAGAAAAUUGUCUUUAUAAUUGAUGACAGGGAUGUGAUUCAAGCUUUAGAAAUGGCAGUUGCACUAAUGGAGGUUGGAGAGAAAGCACUUUUGUAUACAAACUCAAAAUAUGCAUAUGGUCCAUUUGGAUGUGAUGAAACGGAACCAGUUAUACCAAAAAACUGUGAUAUUACAUAUGAAGUAGAAUUAAUAGCAGUCACCGAAGGUCCAGAUAAAGAACAAUUGUCUAAUGCUGAAAGAGUUGAAAUUGCAGAUAAAAAGAGGCUCAGAGGAAAUAGCUUGUAUACAAGAGGAGACUUUGGUGGUGCAAUUGAAUGCUACAAAAGAGGACUUAAGUAUUUAGAAGGGUCUGCUAGUGAGGAAGUCAUUGAAAUGAAAGUUAAAUGCCAGAAUAAUUUAUCUGCUUCUCAGCUCAAGGUCAAUGCUUUUCAAGCAGCAUUGCAAUCCUGUAAUAAUGUCUUGAGGUUGCAGUCUGAAAAUGUUAAGGCAAUAUUCAGAAAAGCAAAGUGUCUUGAGGCAUUAGGUGAUACAAGAGAGGCUUUGAAGUGCCUCAAAGAAGCCUCAAUGCUUGAUCCCAAUAAUAAAUUGGUCCAUAGUGAGCUUACUCGUGUAGGUAAAUAUGUCAAACAGAGCAGCCAAAAGGAGAGUGAUAUGUACAAACGAAUGGUAGAAGGUUUGAAGAAAGAGAAGCCAAAAGAUGAAACAACUGAUGACAGCUUCUCAUUUAAAGUCAUGGUUGGCACACUUCUUGUUGUAGGUAUGGGAGUUUUAGCUGGAUUUCUUUGGAACAAGCACUAGUUAUUCAGCCAGAAUGCAAGGGUUUACAUCAGUCAGUUAUUGAAUUCCGCAGCUUAUAACAUUUGAAUUUGGAAUAUAUGUCGUAAAAUUAACACCUUGAUGGCUGUUACACACAUGGCUUCUUUUAGUUGAAUUAUUAUUUUGAUGAAUGAAUAAAAAGCCAGUCACCCAUAGUUAAAACUUUGGCUUGAUUCUGUAAAGCAAGACAUAAAUUGUGACUUGUUUAUCAGUUGAAGUUGGUGUUAACAGUGCAAUCUGUAGAUACAAUUUUUUUUGUCAAAAGAACAUUGCUAUUCAGACUAGUACCCUUUACCCAAGCGGCAUUGUUACCACAAAGCUAAGCUGAUCUUGUUUUUUAAUCAACCUGGUUACCACCAGGACCCUGUUCUGCAUAUAGUUUCAGGAGAAGUUCUUUUUCCAAAUUAAGGUUCUCAAAAUCCUAUCCAGUUUUGGGAUUAAAUAGCUUUGAAUCUUUGAUUAUAUGUUUUUUGAGCAGUGUAUUCAACACCUAAAAUCUCAAGUAGAAUUACUUCAUUGUAUUAUACCAACUUAGGCAUUCCUUUAACAUUUAUGAUGCCAAAGAAGCUGAUUUCAAUAUUACAUAUUCAAUUGUUUACUUUCCUUCAAAUUUGGUAAACUAUUUAAAGUAAACAGGUUUCAUCUCAUCAUCUCUUUUAAAAGUUCUAUUUUUUCUGAAAAUAGCUUUUUUACCCUGUAGAUGUAAAGUUUGUGUUUUAAAGUAAUGAAUAAUGCAGAAAACUUUUGCUAUCAAGGAACAUAACUUUACAUAAUUAUGUUUGAAUGAAUGUCAAUUAUGAUGAAAUCUACCUUUACUUGCUCUGAAUACAAGUCCCUAUAUUCUUUACAUGGCAUAAUUGUGACCACCAUCCUGUUAAUGAGUAUAGUUUAGCUAUUGUCUCCCUUUUUCAAGAUAAUCUAGAGUCUUGUUUUUAAUAAUUCUUAUAUAUUAUUUGGCUAAUACAGAGUCCCCGUAGGACUUAACUGCAUUUUUCAGAUUUGAGUUGAGCAUGCUUAGUAGCAAGAUUUGCUCCAUUGUUUAAAUGUGUAGCAAAAACUUAUAUUGGAUUACUUGUUUUGUAUUGUCUUAGUUGUGUAUAGCACAGUUUCAAUUCAGCUUCAUCAA